GGCGGGAUCUGGCCGGUUGUGCGCGCAGAAGGCCCGGGUGCGGGAGCAGUUCAAGAUGGCAGCGGCCAUGUUCCGGGCUACGGUGAGAGGGUGGAGAACCGGCGUGCCGCCGGGCUGCGGGCUACGGCGGCUGGUGAGAACACUGAGCCUGGAGAGCCAGACCCAGGAGCCUCCUGAUUACCCCAGCUUUGUGGAGUCUGUGGAUGAAUACCAGUUUGUCGAGCGCCUGUUACCCCCUACCGGCAUCCCAAAGCCCCCAAAGCAUGAACACUAUCCCACUCCCAGUGGUUGGCAGCCACCCAGAGACCCCCCACCCAACCUGCCCUACUUUGUGCGGCGCUCUCGAAUGCACAACAUCCCUGUCUACAAGGACAUCACACAUGGCAACCGCCAGAUGACUGUGAUCCGAAAGGUGGAGGGGGACAUCUGGGCCUUGCAGAAGGAUGUGGAAGAUUUUCUGAGUCCACUGUUGGGGAAGACACCUGUCACCCAGAUCAAUGAGGUGACAGGUACCCUGCGGGUCAAGGGCUACUUUGACCAGCAGCUCAAAGCGUGGCUCUUGGAGAAGGGCUUCUGAGGCCCAGCUGAGCAGCCUGCAUGAUAGCAUCCCCCACAGACCAGAGUCCAGGGGGUCUCAGGAGGAGGGAAGUGGCUGUUGGAGCAACUGGGACAGGAGGUAUAAAUGCCACGGCUAAGAGCUUGGGCGGGGCAGAGUCAGGGCUAAAGGGCUUCAGAGCAGGCCUCGCUCACAUUAAGGGGGAAACAGGACCCUCUCUACAGGUGCCAGCAGUGGGGGAGGGCUGCCUGAGUGGAGACCCCGCCUUCAUUGGAGCUCAUUGGGCUCAGCUGUUCAAAUUUUGGAGGUUGUUGACUGGUGAAAGUAAUAGCCCAACCCAGUUUAGGGGAGGGUAGCACAGGGCAAACCCACUGAGUACAUUUCUUCCUUGGCUCUUAGACCCUCACUGCUGCAGACAUUCUCAAGCUCUUGUUCCAGGCCAGACCUGGUUCGGUGGAGGCUAUGAAGAACACAGAGGACUCAGGCAUGGGUCCCGGACAUCUUCAGUUCCAAGUGCAGGCAUAGAAGGUCCAUGUCAGCCCCUGGGCUCAUUCCUUUUACCCAUGGAUAAGUAGAAGGCCCAGUCACCUUGGCUCCAUUCUAGGGAGAGUUGGGUCUGACUACAUUGCUAGCUCUAAGAAGCUAAGUGAUUAGCUUGAGCUGGUCUUUCCACAAGGGGGUGCUCGGGAGCUCGCAGCAGUCCAGCACGGCCAGCCUGCCUUCCCAGCUUGCUGGCCUGGUAUCAAGGCUGGACAGGGGCUUUGCAGGAAGAAAGAUGCUGGCCUUUUGCCCCUGCCAUCUGUCCCACCCCCAGCCAGUGAGCCUUCACAUUUGCCCCGUUCUUGGGAGUUACAAAGGUCAGAGGCCUGAGUGCCCACCCUCAUCCCACCCUCCAACUAGUUAGGGACAGGGUUCAAAGGCUGACUCCCCUACUUGUCCUCUGACCUAAGGCAGGGAACUUAACCUUUCUGGGGCUCAGUUUCUUCGUAUGGAAAAUGGGGGUAUCUUCAUCAUCAUUUAAUGACUUGUCUAAAGAAACCCACACCCCUGGGGAUUCUCAAGUCGACAGCCUGAGCAAGAAAAAGCAGCCUGGCACACUGAUCCUGUGACACCAGCUCCACCAGUCAUUAACGCGAGUCUUUAUUUGGCUGUAUAUACAAUUUAAGCUAUUAAAAUUUGUACAAUAUUUACAAAUUAAAUAAUCAUCUGAAACUGUC